AUGGCUAAAGAGCUUGUUUCUCUCCAAUUUCUCCGAUCACCACUUCAAAACUCUCGCCAUUUGCUUACCCUUUCACCUCCUUCAACUCUCAGUCUUCGCCGCCCUAAACCACCGCAAAACCCAAUCUUUCUCCGCCGACGAUCAACCACCGACCCUCACCGCAACAAAACUUCCCACGACGACGAAGGAAUCCCCCCCGAUGAAGUCAAAACAAUCGCCAAAUUCAAAUCCCGACACAAUUACAUCAGAGUAAUCGAAGUUUCCCGGAAAACCAAUCAUCCACUCGCCGGUUCUCGUCUCCUCCUCCUCGACAAUCCCGGUAACAUUCACAGCAUCUCCUUCCUUCUUAAAACCCUAACCGGUAGUUACUUCGACGUUUUCGCUACUCUGCCUCCGAUUAUACCACCAGGACCCAUCGCCGUUCUCGGAUUCGGAGCUGGGUCAACAGCCCGGUUGAUUCUCGAGCUUUACCCUCCCGAAAUCGCAAUCCAUGGAUGGGAAAUCGACCCUUGUGUAAUCGACGUCGGUAGAGAAUACUUUGGUCUCUCUAAGCUCGAAAGAGAUCAUAAAGAUAGGAUUUUUAUCAACAUUGGAGACGCAUUGAACGCUAGUGUUAAAACCGGGUUUUCGGGUAUUUUAGUCGAUUUGUUUAGUGAAGGGAGUGUAAUCAAAGAGCUACAAGAUCCAAAAGUGUGGAAGAGUUUGAAAUGUAGGUUGAGGAAUAGAGGGAGGAUUAUGGUGAAUGUUGGAGGAAGAUGUGUGGAAUCCGAGGAUUCAGAGAGAGAUGGAGAUUUGGUUAUGGAGGAAACGUUGAAAGCGAUGAGCCGCGUUUUCGGAGAUAAGCUCUUUGUUUUAACGCUUGGGAAUGGGAAUGAUAGCUCGGUGGCUCUCACGGGUGAUUUACCGGAUCUUGAUGCGUGGAAGAAGAGACUACCGGUUCGCGAAUUGAGUAGCUAUGUCGAUAUGUGGAAACCAUAUACAGAAUUUAGCUUGAGCUAA